AUGUCCCGCCCGGGGGCCGCCGAUCCCGGCGCCGCCGUGGAGCGGCUCUGCCGGGAGCUCAACCUGGACGCGGCAAGCGCGGCCGAGGCGCUGCGCGACUUCACGGUGCUGCGGGGCACCUACAGCCUGGAGGGCGAAGCGCUGCACUGGUUGGCCUGCGCGCUGUACGUCGCCUGCCGCCGGAGCCGCGUGCCCACCGUGGGGAGCAGCCCGAUGGAGGGGAACGGCGUCUCCCUGACCCGCAUCCUGCGCUCCGCACGCCUCAGUUUAAUUCAGUUUUUUAGCAAAAUGAAGAAAUGGAUGGACAUGUCAAACCUGCCCCAGGAAUUCCGAGAGCGAGUUGAGAGGCUGGAGAGAAAUUUUGAAGUGUCAACUGUGAUUUUCAAAAAGUUCGAACCAAUAUUUUUUGAUAUAUUUCAAAACCCUUAUGAAGAAAGUUCCAAACCUCAUCGAAGCAGGAAGCAGAGGCGGGUGCCGUGCAGCGUCAAAGAUCUCUUCAACUUCUGCUGGACUCUCUUUGUGUACACUAAGGGUAAUUUCCGUAUGAUUGGAGAUGAUUUAGUAAAUUCGUAUCAUCUACUUCUGUGCUGCUUGGACCUGAUUUUUGCCAAUGCCCUUCUGUGUCCAAACAGAAGAGAUUUGCUAAAUCCAUCAUUUAAAGGCUUACCAGUGGAAUUCCACGCUCUGGAGAUCAAAGCCUCCGAGGAUCCUCCCUGCAUCAUUGCCAUGCUCUGCGAGCUGCAUGACGGGCUCCUUGUGGAAGCGAAAGGCAUAAAGGAGCACUACUUCAAACCAUACAUUGCAAAGCUGUUUGAUAGGAAGAUCUUAAAAGGAGAUUGUCUGUUGGAUCUUUGCAACUUUACAGAAAAUAGCAAAGCACUGAAUAAAGAGUAUGAAGAGUAUGUUCUGACCGUGGGUGACUUUGAUGAGAGAGUUUUCCUGGGAGCUGAUGCUGAAGAAGAAAUUGGCACUCGAAAAUUCCCUGCAGAUGUGCCAGGAGAGAAAACAACAGCAAGAGCUCACAUGGAGUGUCAUCUGCAGCAGCAUUUUGAAAAGAAAAGGUCAUUUGCACCUUCAACUCCACUGACUGGCAGAAGAUACCUGCGAGAAAAGGAAACUGCCAUCACUCCUGUGGCUUCGGCCACACAGAGCGUGAGCCGUUUGCAGAGCAUGGUGGCUGGGUUGAAAAAUGCACCGAGUGAACAACUUACAGCUAUUUUUGAGUCUUGUGCCCGCAGCCCCUUGGAAAGCAUCAUGAGCAGAGUGAAGGAAAUUGGUGAGACCUUCUGUUGCAGCUACACUCAGUCAACAGAUGAGCAGCCAGGAUCUCACAUAGAUUUUGCUGUAAACAGAUUAAAACUGGCAGAGAUCUUGUACUAUAAGAUCUUGGAGACUAUAAUGGUGCAAGAAACACGGAGACUGCAUGGGAAGGAUUUGACUGCUCUCCUGGAACAGGAUCUCUUUCACCGCUCCCUCCUCGCAUGCUGCUUGGAGAUUGUGCUCUUCGCUUACAGCUCCCCUCGCACCUUCCCCUGGAUCAUUGAAGUUCUUGACCUCAGGCCAUUCUAUUUCUACAAGGUUAUUGAAGUGCUGAUUCGGUCUGAGGAAGGACUUUCCAGAGACAUGGUGAAGCACCUCAAUAGCAUUGAGGAACAGAUUCUGGAGAGUCUGGCCUGGACUCGGAACUCAGCACUCUGGAAUGCACUCGAGGCCUCAGAAAACAAAGUCCCAACCUGUGAAGAAGUAAUAUUUCCCAGUAAUUUUGAGGCCAGCAGUGGAGGAAGUGGGUUUGGGCACUUGCCCAUGGUGCCAUUAUCUCCCAUAAUUCAUCCUCGAGUGAAAGAGGUUCGGACAGAUCUUGGUGGGAGUUUAAGACGAGACAUGCAGCCAUUGUCUCCAAUCUCCGUUCACGAGCGCUACAGUUCUCCUACAGCUGGAAGUGCUAAGAGAAGGCUCUUUGGAGAUGACAGCCCCAAAGAAAUCCAUAUGGAAAAAAUCUUAACGAAAGGAACUAAGCUGACAAUUGCUCCAGCAUCAAGGAUUGGUGCUGAAAACAUGUCAGUAUCUCCUGCCCAGACAGUGCUGACCAUGACAACCACUACAGGACCAGGAAAAGCAGGACAGAAGGUCACUAUCCCACUGCAUGGUAUUGCAAAUGACAUGGGUGGAAUCACCUUGAUCCCCGUUUCGAUUAAUUUAGGCCAGCCAUGUAAAGUGGAUGCUCAGGCUUCCUGCCACCCUCCUGGGAAUCAAGCACAAGAAGUGCAGCUGCCAGUGGCCAGCAAACCAAAGAGAACAGGCUCCUUGGCACUGUUCUACAGGAAGGUGUAUCAUCUGGCAAGUGUGCGCUUGCGUGAUCUGUGCUUAAAACUGGAUGUUUCCAAUGACUUGCGCAGGAAGAUAUGGACGUGUUUUGAAUUCACAUUGGUUCAUUGUGCCGAUCUUAUGAAAGACAGGCAUUUGGACCAGCUCCUCCUCUGUGCUUUUUAUAUCAUGGCAAAGGUAACCAAAGAGGAAAGAACUUUUCAAGACAUAAUGAAAAGUUACAGAAAUCAGCCACAGGCAAACAGCCACGUUUAUAGGAGUGUCUUGUUGAGGAGUACUUCUGAUGAUGUUCCAUUGGACAAAAAUGCAAACCCAGGUGUGGAGAUGACAGAAGACUCAUCUGUGAAAGCUGGCAGUUCCUUGGGACGAUCCACAGCAGAGGACUCAAGUGAGUCAGAAACUGAGGAGAGAGGAGAUCUUAUUAAAUUUUACAACGCAGUCUACGUAGGAAGAGUAAAGUCAUUUGCACUGAAGUACGAUAUCACAAACCAGGAUCAUGUGAUGGAGGCGCCUCCGCUGUCGCCGUUCCCCAGCAUCCGGCAGCAGCCGGUGUCUCCCCGGCGCAUCUCCCAGCAGCACUCCGUGUACGUGUCGCCUCACAAGAACGGCGUCUGCCUCACACCUCGAACUGCUCUGCUCUACAAGUUCAAUGGCAGCCCUUCCAAGAGUUUGAAGGACAUCAACAAUAUGAUAAAACAAGGUGAACACAGGAGUAAGAAGCGAGCAAUAACAAUUGACAGUGACACUGAAUCCCCCACAAAGCGACUCUGCCAGGAAAAUGAUGAUGUUCUACUAAAACGUCUGCAGGAUGUUGUCAGUGAAAGAGCAAAUCACUAAAAAACUUCUGCUUUCUGUGGGAUCUCUAAGUUACGGAGCUGGAUAUUUAUUUCUUGGUUUUGUAUAUAGACAACUGUCAAGUUCCUUCAACACUGAACUUUCACCUGACUUCCAUAGGACACAAAAAGUAAGAGUUAUGUAGGAAAUGCCAGUGAUCUUCAUGCCCAAAGACCACACUGUGCUAUAACUUACUCUGAGCUGUUUUAGCAAAAGAGUGUUCUGUGAAAGCUGUAUUGGAUGUUCUCAAGCCUCAUUUGGAGCAUCAUGAGUUCUGAGUGUAACUCAGCUUGUAAUACUGGUUUUAUUAUUAGAAUAAGAGUGAUAAAGAAAUUAGUGAAAUCAGUGACGUUACCUCAAGCUUUUGGUAUUUGGAGAAGAAACUUGCAAAGUGCCUUAAUUGAAAAGAAUAUGGAAUUUUUUGCAUUAUUUUACUGUGGAGUAACUGGAAGGAGAAUAAAUUAAUUAUUUAGCCUCAGGAAGAGCUGAGUAGUUUUGAACUGUCAGAACUUCUGUUAAAAAGUGUAUGUUGUGACACGUAUCUGACAGCUUUUGCAGUAACAAAGGCAAUAAUCUAAAAAUACAAAUAGUGGUGACUUAAGUUGGACUCUGGUAAAGCACUGAGAUACAGUUCUGUGAGCCUGAAUUCCCUUUCUC